UUCCCUGAACUCUUGGCCUUGUGCUGUUUGUUCUGCAGACAGAAUGGGGUUGUGUGUGAGGUGGAGUUGGCUGCUGUUGGUGGUUCUGGUUAAUGGUUCAGGAAUUGCCAGUGUCAGGGAACGUAUCUUGGUUAGGCGGCAGUCAGACAGUUGGUGGAGGCAUCACCAGGCCUCUGUGAGGGGCUCUCUUAGAGGUUCUCAUGUGGGGGCUGCUCAGCCUGUGUCUGGCCUGGGGUCUUCCAGAGGGGGUGCUCAGCCAGUGUCUGGCCUGGGGUCUUCCAGAUGGGGUGCUCAGCCUGUAUCAGGAUGGGGGUCCCCUGUUAGGUAUGAUGGAGGAGCUGCUCAGUCUAGACAGCUGGCACCACCCCAGAACUCUCCUAUCCGUGUGCAGUGUGGUGAGGACAUGAUGGUGGUGACUGUGAUGAGAGACCUGUAUGGCAAUGGGAAGCUGGUGAAGGCCUCCGACUUGAGCCUUGGGCCCCAGCCCUGCUAUCCUGGUCCCCAGAGCACUGAUACCAGUGUGGUCUUUGAGAUUGGCCUCCAGGAGUGUGGGAAUGCAGUACAGAUGACCGCAGACUCGUUGAUCUACACAACCAGUCUGUCGUACAACCCAAAGCCCUCCAGCAGUGUCCCCAUUACCAGGUCCAACCCUGCCGUGGUCCCCAUCCAGUGCUUCUACCCCCGACAUGGUAAUGUGAGCAGCAAUGCCAUUGAGCCAACAUGGGUUCCGUUCAGUACCACCGUGUCCUCAGAAGAGAGGCUGUCCUUCUCCUUGCAGCUGAUGAUGGAUGACUGGAGCGCUCCCAAUCCUUCCUAUGUCUUCACGCUGGGGGACAUGUUCUACAUAGAGGCCUCUGUGGACACUCAGAACCACGUCCCUAUGAUGCUGUUUGUGGAUAGCUGUGUGGCCACUCUGUCUCCUGAUGUCCAGUCCACCCCUAAUUAUGCUCUCAUUGCUUACAAUGGGUGCCUGGUGGAUGGUCAGCAAGAAGAUUCCUCUUCUGCCUUCAUAUCCCCAAGAUCUGAACCAGACAAGCUCCAGUUCAUGGUUGAUGCGUUCCGGUUCACUGGAAGAGAUGUCUCUCUGAUCUAUAUCACCUGUUACCUGAGGGCUGCUGCAGCCUCUCAGACCCCGGAUCCACUGAACAAAGCCUGUUCCUACAGCAAAGCCUCUAGCAGGUGGUCCACUGUGGAGGGCUCCAAUAACAUCUGCCAAUGCUGUGACACUAGGAACUGUGCUGUGACUACUGGACAGAGCAGAUGGGGGCCGAUCCACGGAAGGCCAAGAGGAAGGUGGCAGAGAGAAGUUGGUGAUCACUCGCAGGAACAUGGACUCUCCACACUGGGGCCUCUUCUGGUGAUCGGUGCAGAGUCUAACCCAGCCCCUGGUGUAGCCCGAAGCCAGGCUUCCAGAAUGACAGCAGGAUCCACGCCUCUAGAACUGUGGGUGCUGGUGGCCGUUGUGUCCGUCAGUCUGAUUGGUGUAGCUGUAGGUCUUGUGCUGGUUGUGAAAUGUGUCCUAAGGAGACUCUCUCACCAAGACACUGUAUAGCAAUAAAAAGCUUCAGGAAAAUCA